AGGAGUUUAGAAGAGAACCCCGCUACACCCACAUAACACUACACAGGAAAAGGCUUCUUCAUGCACUUCAGCACGGCCUCUGCUAAACCUGGAGCCCAGUGUCUGCAGUUCUUCCUCCAUAACACCGGGGCAGCAGAUGAUGUUCUCAACAUCUGGGUGCGAGAGGAUGACCGCAGCAGAAAACUGAAGAUCUUCAAGAGUAUUUCAGGAGGCGUCAGGGGCUCUUGGGAACUGCAUAACAUCAAUCUGAGUGUGACCAGGAAGGCCCGUGUGGUUUUUGAGGGCGUGAGGGGAAAGGAGCCAUCGAAGGGAGGUUUCUCUCUGGAUGACAUUAACCUGUCAUCCACAAAGUGCCCUCAGCACAUCUGGCACAUCCACAACAUCACCG